AUGGAUUUCAUCAAGACCAGUUCCCUGCGUGCUCUGAUUGAGUUAACUUUCCAACGCAACUGGAAUGGCCUCAUUUGGAUGAGUAGAAAAGGAGUUACAACCAAAAGAGUGAAGACUGUCCAGACGGCUCUAUCGAGAAUCAGCGCCCAACCGCGCAGUCCGGCUGGCCGAGGAACGAUGUUCCGCGCUCGGCCAAAUCACAUCCGUCCGUCUGAAGUCUCGGCCAAAGUCCAAACCACCGGCCGAUCACGCACGACCCGGGAAACAUUGUCCCGCGGUCGGCCAAGCCAACGCCACGCCACCGCGCACGACCAGCGCGCGAGCCGGGAACAAGCCUCGCGGCCGCGCAACCUUCGCGUACCACGGCCGAUGCAUCCGUCCGAGCCGGGAAGAACGUCCCGCGUCCGGCCGAGAAUUUCAUCGGCCAAAUCUCAUCCGCUCGACCACGCCGGCCGACCGCGAAUCCAUCCGGCCCGACCGUUCCGACUCGGCCACGACCCGAUUGUCCGGCCGAUCGUCCCGACCGACCGUCCCAACGCCGCGCUUGAUCCAAAAUCCAUAGUUCAAAGUGUACUCAAUAGCCAGUCCUUGUGUUCGAUACCCAUACUUCCGCGAUCUGUGCACUUGCAGAGGUCUAGGAGUUUGGUAAAACCUGACUCCGCAUCACCUUUGGGUUUAGAGGCGGUGGAUCAGGCGGAUCUACUUAGCAGGAUCAGAGUUGCUCAGCAGAGUGAUCAGAGUUUGCUAGAUGCGACGAGAGUGACUGGUUCUGAGUAUGAGGUCUCUGCGAAUGGGACUAUCUUGGUUCGUGGGCGAGUUUGUGUGCCUAAGGAUGUGGAGUUGAGACAUCAGAUUUUGGGAGAGGCUCACGCGAGCAAGUUUUCCAUUCAUCCGGGAGCGACCAAGAUGUACCAUGACCUCAAGAGGUACUAUCAUUGGGUCGGGAUGAAGAGAGAUGUAGCAGAUUGGGUUGCGAAGUGCAACACUUGUGCCUUGGUGAAGGCAGAGCAUCAGGUUCCGGGUGGUCUUUUGCAGAGUUUACCCAUUCCAGAGUGGAAGUGGGACAGGAUUACGAUGGAUUUCGUGGUUGGACUACCUGUUUCGAGGACUUUCGAUGCUAUCUGGGUGAUUGUGGAUCGGUUGACGAAGUCCGCACAUUUCUUGGCCAUCAAGAAGACAGUGGAGCUGCUGUCUUGGCUAGGAAGUUUGUGCGAGAGAUUGUGA